UGUUUGGGUGGAGAAUUUGAGGGUUGGGGUGGUUUUAGGGUCAUUGGAGGCUGGAAUGCGGGCUGUAGGGUGUUGAUGCUGCAGGAGGUGGGGAUUUAAGGUGCUCGUUUGUAGGGUUUUAGGGUGCUGGGAGUGAGCAGGGUAGGGACGUGGGGUGCUUGGGAUGGGGGUGUUAGCAUUGUGGUGGCGGGGCUACGGGACAUAAGGUUAGGGGGUGCUGGAACGGAGGCUUCAGAGUGCUGGGGGAUAGGACUUCAAGGUGCUGAGACUGCAGAGUGCUGGACAGGCAGGGUCCUGGGGGUGGGUGGAGAUGAGUUGUGUGCUCUGGGGCUGGAGUUUUAGGGUGCUGAGUUUGCAGAGCAGGACAGGCAGGGUCCUGGGUUGCAGGAGAUAGGGGCUUCAGGGUGCUGGGAGGGUGCUUUUAGGGAGCUGAGUGCACAGGAAAUAGGGCUGCACCGUGCUGGGAGUGCAUUGGGAAGGAUCUUGGGGUGCUGGGAUGUGAGGUUUUAGGGUAAUGCGAACAAGCUUAUUAGAACAUGGGCUGGGUUGGCUUUCUCAUAGCUGCUCUCCUAAGCUAUUUUGCUAAAACUGAGCUGAGACCAGAAGCAAAGUGACCUCACCUCCCUCGGGUCCCUCAGCAGGGCCCUGGUCCUGUCCUGGAAAGGAUGUGGUCGCGUGGCCCUGCUCCCUGCGGUGACCCUGCUGCUACCUGCACUGCUCCUCGCUGUUCUCAUGCUGCGAUGUGUGACCGCAACGGUGGGAGGCGGCUGCGGCAGUGGCUGAUUGAGCAGAUCGACAGCGAGCAGUACCCGGGGCUCAUCUGGGAGAAUGAGGAGAAAACCAUGUUCCGCAUCCCCUGGAAGCACGCGGGGAAGCAGGACUACAACCAGGAGGUGGACGCUUCGAUUUUCAAGGCUUGGGCUGUUUUCAAAGGCAAAUUCAAAGAAGGUGACAAAGCAGAACCAGCCACCUGGAAGACGCGGCUGCGCUGUGCCUUGAACAAGAGCCCUGAUUUCGAGGAGGUGACAGACAGGUCCCAGCUGGACAUCUCCGAGCCCUACAAAGUGUACAGGAUCGUGCCAGAGGAGGAGCAGAAAUGCAAAAUCGGCGUUGGGAACGGGAGCAGCCUGACUGAUGUUGGGGACAUGGACUGCAGCCCCUCUGCCAUCGAUGACCUGAUGAAGGAGCCUCCCUGUGUGGAUGAGUACCUGGGGAUCAUCAAGAGAAGCCCCUCACCCCCACAGGAGACCUGUAGAAACCCCCCGAUACCAGACUGGUGGAUGCAGCAGCCCAGCCCCUCUUUGCCCCUGGUGAAUGGGUACACUGGCUAUGAGCAGCAUCAUUCAGGCUACUCCCAGAUGGUGAUCACCUUCUUCUACAGCGGGAGGCUGGUGGGGCAUAUCACCACCUCGUACCCUGAGGGCUGCAGGCUUUCGCUCAGCCAACCCUCUAACCAUGGCGAGAAGCUCUACGCCCCUGAUAGCCUGGAGCAUGUGAGGUUCCCCUCAGCCGAAGCCAUCCAGAACGACCGCCAGAAGCAGAUCACCAAGAAGCUCUUUGGGCACCUGGAGCGGGGCGUCCUGCUGCACAGCAACAAGCAGGGCAUCUUCAUCAAGAGGCUUUGCCAGGGAAGGGUCUUCUGGAGUGGGAACACGGUGGUGUACAAGGACAGGCCCAGCAAACUGGACCGGGAUGAGGUGGUGAAGAUAUUCGACACCAACUUAUUCUUUAGAGAGCUGCAGCAGUACUACAACAACCAGGGCCGCUUCCCGGACAGCAGGGUGAUGUUGUGCUUUGGAGAAGAGUUCCCAGACACGGUGCCGCUGCGGUGUAAACUCAUCCUUGUCCAGGUGGAGCAGCUGUGCGUCAGGCAGGUGAUGGAGGAGGCCGGCAAGACGUGCAGCAGCCCCAUGCUGCCCGACGAGGUGCAGCAGGAGCAGGUGUACAGGAUCUUCCAGGACAUCUGUGGGCCGCACCAGCGGCCUCUCUUCAGAGAAAACCAGCAGAUCGCCGUGUGAGCCUCCCGAGGCACAACGCGGGGUCUGGGUGACUGCAGACCAUCUGGGAUCCAUUAGUGCCUAAAAAUUCCCCUUUGUUUGGCGAGUUGGUUCUUGUUCUUUGCUGUUUUCAGCCCAAAAUCUGUGUAAACACAGCGGUGAAAAAUAACGGCCCCAUUUAGUCUGAGAACGGCCAUUGGAAGGAGGUGACUCGUGGGAAAGCCUUACAGUGCUCAAAUACAGUAAAUCUUUAACAGAAAUACAUAUAUUUUUUUCCCCAAAUAAUUUGCAGUCCUGCUGAAGUCUGUGGUAUGCUUUCCAUGGAAAAACCUCUUCAAAUUCCCCUUUAUUUUUCCAAUGAGGUUUAUAUUUUUUUCUGUCAUAUUGGAAGUAUUUUGAAAUUUGGAGAGCGAUGUAGAAAUUAUAUAUGUAAAUGUUGACUGAGAACAUAGGGAUCUUAAUUUUCUGAACAAAAAUCAGAGUUUAUAUAAAUAGAUAUCUUCUAUUUUAAAGGUAGCAGUGUAGUGUUGAUAGGUUGGCUUCACCCUUUCAAGUGCAUGUGUUGGUCUCUCCCAGGCAUGAGCAGGCAGCAGCUUCCAUAUGUCAAUCCUCAUCAACAUGCUUUAUGUGUGCCUGGUGCUGGGGAGCUCCUUGGGCAUGGCCUUGUGCCUUGCAGCUGCCACAAAGCACCGUGGACCAAAGGACUGUGCAGAUGUGCAUGCUAUGAGGCUGCCUAUUUAUUUUAUGCUUAAGUUUUUGUUAAAUGGUUUUGUAAUUUUUUUUUUGUACCUUCCUGCAAUUAAAGUGCUAUAUUUUGUA